CAGUGCUGUGGACAGCCAUGUUGGCAAGCACAUCUUUAAUGAAGUGAUAGGACCUCAGGGAAUGCUGAAAUCUAAGACCAGAAUACUAUGCACCAACAGUAUCAGCUGCCUGCCUAAAGUGGACAAAAUCAUAGUACUGUCUAGUGGAGAGAUCUCCGAGAUUGGUACAUAUCAAGAAUUGCUGAGUCAUAAUGGCGCCUUUUCUGAGUUCAUUAAGACUUAUCUUAAUGCAGAAGAAGAAUCAUCGGAAAGUGAAGAUGAUGAAGAAACUAGUGAAAUGAAGGCUCAGCUAAGGCGCCAGAUAUCCAUCCUGUCAGGAGAAGAGAGUGGUGGAGAUAGUGAAUUAGAACGAGGAAAAUCUCCUUUCACCUCAUCAGGACGAAAAAAGAGGGCCAGGACCACAUCAAGGAGUAAAUCUGUAGAGGAGUCUCUUCACAUUAAGAGGGAAUCCAAAGUAGGAGUGAAACUAAUUCAGGAUGAAUUUGCAGAAACUGGAACUGUGAGCUUUGCUGUAAUUGUUGCCUACAUGAAGGCUCUGGGUAUGGUGGCAUUCUUUACCACUGUGUUCAGUUACAUAGGAUUUGUGGGUUGCAUGAUUGGCUCCAAUAUAUGGCUAAACAUAUGGAGCAAUGACCAAGUCAUUAAUAAUACUCAGGAUAGGGCUCUGACCGACCUAAGACUUGGGGUGUAUGGAGCAUUAGGUGGAGGACAAGCUUUGUUUGUCCUGAUAGAGUCUCUGUCCAUUGCCACUGGUUGUAUAUGUGCCUCUGAUAUCCUCCACAGUGGUAUACUCAAGUGUAUUAUGAAGACACCCAUGGCUUUCUUUGACACCACACCUCUAGGUCGGAUUGUGAAUCGUUUCUCCAAAGACAUGGACACAGUGGACAUCACUAUUCCUAUGACAAUGAGGAUAUUCCUGGCCACUCUGGCCAGUGUCAUCUCAACUCUGGUGGUCAUCACUUACAGUACACCUUUGUUCAUAGUGGUCAUUGUACCACUGGGAAUAUUGUACUAUUUUGUGCAGAGGUUUUACGUUGCAACAGUUAGACAACUGCAAAGAAUUGAUUCCCUUAAGAGGUCCCCUAUAUAUUCCCACUUUGGCGAGACAAUAGUUGGUGCAAGCUCUAUCAGAGCCUUCAGACAGCAGGAGAGAUUUAUACAGACCACGGACAGAAUGGUGGAUGAAAACCAGAUGGCAUGGUUCCCAUAUAUCACUUCUAAUAGGUGGCUGGGGGUUGGCUUGGAAACCAUUGGUUCAUUCAUAGUGUUGUUUGCAUCUCUAUUCGCUGUUAUUGCCAGAGAGAGUGAUGCAGGGAUCACAUCAGGGGAAGUGGGCCUCUCUGUGUCUUUUGCUCUACAGGUGACAGCCUCCCUGAACUACAUGGUGAGGAUGAGCUGUGACUUUGAGACCCAAAUUGUGGCAGUAGAGAGGAUAAAGGAGUACUCUGAACUGGACAGUGAGGCCCCCUGGGACCUUAACCACAACCGCCCACCCCCUGAGUGGCCCCAGCAGGGUAAAGUGGUAUUCAACCAGUUCAGUUUGAGGUACAGGCCUGGUCUGGACCUGGUGCUUAGGGAUAUUAAUUGUGAGGUGCAUCCCGGAGAAAAGGUAGGAAUAGUUGGCCGCACAGGAGCUGGCAAGUCUUCCCUAACCCUGGCAUUGUUCAGAAUUAUUGAGGCUGCUGCAGGGAGCAUUGUGAUAGAUGGGAUCAACAUUGCUGACCUGGGAUUGCAUCAGUUGAGACAGAAAGUCACAAUCAUACCACAGGACCCAGUGUUGUUCUCAGGCACCUUAAGAAUGAACCUUGACCCAUUUGACCAGUACACUGACAAUGAUAUAUGGAAUGCACUGGAGCAUUCUCAUUUAAAGGGUUAUGUCAGCUCUCUGCCACAAUUACUGGAACAUGAGUGCACUGAAGGGGGAGAAAAUUUAAGUGUUGGCCAAAGGCAGCUAGUGUGCUUGGGCAGAGCUCUACUGAGGAAGACCAAGAUCCUUGUUUUAGAUGAAGCCACCGCUGCUGUUGACAUGGAAACAGAUGAUCUAAUCCAAUCCACAAUAAGAACAGAAUUCAAGGAGUGCACAGUCCUCACCAUUGCUCACAGACUUAAUACAAUCAUGGAUUAUGAUAGAGUGUUAGUUUUGGAUGGUGGUGCCCUGAAGGAGUAUGACACACCCAGUGCUCUUCUGAUGAACAAGAAGUCUAUGUUUUAUGGUAUGGCCAGGGAUGCUGGCCUGGUUUAAGUGGAAGACAGCUUUUAUGUUGAGAUUGAGCCACUCACAGAACAAAUUAACUGAUAUGAGCUUUGCUCACUUUUCUGAACUUUAUGAUCCAUUUUCUUCAUAAAGAUGAAACAUUGUUGUAGGAAACAUGUUCAAUCAGUUUCAUUUGAAUCCUUUGAGUAUAUAAUCUAGUUGUAUUUCUGAAGUAAUGUUCUCAGUUUAAAUUGGAAAGUUAAUCUUGCAUGUUUGAAAUGUUUUUAUUUUAUGCCCAUUAAUAAUGUGCAAUUCUAAUUUUUUCAAGGAUAUAUUGUGAAUAUUCGAUGAUUGAGUAAAAGCAAUCCCUUUCAGUUCCUUCAUGUACAGGACAAGUAUAAUCAAGAUAUGUCUUUAUCUAUCAGUAUUGUGUCUUAUAAUUGUGAUGUGCUUAUUGCAGCAACUCCUUUUUUAACUCCAAUUAUUCUUAUUUGAUGUAUCAUACAUGAGUCAUUUGAUGUAAAUGGGUUCAGCAUGUUUUUAUUGACUGUUAUUUGAUUUGAUAUACUUUUUAAAUACCAUUAAAUGCUAAUUUAUGUAUGUUUUUAA